GCAUUGAAUUUAUAAAAAACAUGUGUAAAUAUCAUGCCAAAGUGGUGCCAUCUUUUUGUGAAUCCUUUUAUGAUGGUGUGUUUCGGGUUUGUUUGUUUGUUUUUUGAUACCAAAAAGAAAAAUUGACCGGCUUAAUUUAAAAAAACAAAAACUGAUUGACAAUCCAUAAAAAAAUAAACCAAUCGAUAAUCAUGUCAUAUUCGACAAGAUCAAAACGUAAAAUAACAACGACUACGACAAAAACCACGCCGAAAAUUGAAGACGUUGAUGAAAAAUUGUUAAUCGAAAAAAAUGAACAAAAAUCUGUUGAUCAUCAUUCUAAUCGAAUGAUGACAAUCGAAAAUGACAGUGAUAAUAGUGAUGAUGAACAAGAUCAAGAUGAUGAUGAUGAUGAUGAUGAAAAUAUUGCCGAAGAAAUUGAAAUGAAUGCUGAAGAAAUAUUAUUCGGUGAUGAUGAUGAUAAUGAUGUUGAUAUGAAUGCUUUAAACGGUAUAAGUGAUCAUUAUUUUCUUGGAAAAUCAACUAAAGCAUAUCGUCGUCGUCGUCGUGAAUCGAAAAAACCAACAAAUGAUGGUGAUAUCGAACAACAACAACAAGAUAAAUUUUUUGAACAAUUUGAAAAAUCAAUUGAAACAAUGAAUGAAUUGAAAUUUACACAAUCAAUCGAUUUGGAAUUCGAACAAAUACGUUGUGCAUUACGUAUCGAUGAUCAUCAAACAAACAUGUCUUAUUAUUGGCAACUUUUAAUGGAACGAUUUAAUUUGAUUUUAUAUGGUUUUGGUUCGAAAAUUAAAAUUCUACAAUAUUUUAUUGAUAAUUUUAUUAAAGAUUAUUAUCAUUAUAUUAUAAUACGUGGUUAUGAUCCUGAAUUAACAAUGAAAAAUUUAUUAUUCAUAUUGAAUCAAUCAAUUGGAAAUAAUACGCUUGAUUCAUUGAUUACAAAUCAUAAUGAAUUAUUGGAUAAAUUGAAUGAAAAAUUUGGUAAUGAUAAUGAUAAUGAUGAUGAUGAUGAUGAACAUUUAUUCAUUAUAAUUCAUUCGAUUGAUCGUUUAAUACAAUUUGAUCGUAAAAAUUUAAUGAAAAAUUUCCUGGUAAAACUUUUAACCAAUGUUCAUAAUAUUCAUUUAAUAUCAUCAGCCGAUAUGGUAAAUGGUGAAUUUUUAUGGACACAACAAGAAUUAGAUCAAAUACGUUUGCAUAUGAUUCCGAUCAAUACAUAUCAACCAUAUAUUUUCGAAAGACGUACAAUUAAUGGUGGUCAUUCAUCUUGGCUACCAACAACACUUCGUUCAAUUCGUUCGAUGGCAACUACUAAUCUUUCAUCGGUCACAUAUGUUUAUGAAUCAUUAAAUGAUAAUGCUAAAAAAAUUUUUCAAAUUUUAUUGAAAAAUUUUUUAGAAUUGAAAAAAUCAUCAACAACAACAAUAAAAUUAGAUGAUCUUUAUCAAAUUUGUCGUGAAGAAUUUCUAACUAGUUCAUUAUCAACAAUAAGACAACAAUUAACUGAAUUUAAAGAUCAUAAAUUAAUAAAAUUUCGUACCGAUCAAGAUGGUAGUGAAUGUAUUGCAUUAUCAUUUGAUUUAGAUGUUGUAAGAAAAUUUUUAAAUUCAAUCGAAUAA